CAGCAGCCAAAAGCAAGGCCGAAACCGCGUCGGCUCACGGAGUCCACCAGCAGUCUCCUCCCCUCCUCCUCCUACCCCCGCCUCCAAGGCCCCUCCGCCCGCCCGCCGACCUGGUCCGCUGGUCUGGGGUGCUCCUGUCCGGCACGAAUCCAGCGGCGUUUGUUGCGGGAAUGCGGGGAGUUCAUUGGUGAGCCGCUAUGGGUUGCUUCCCGUGCUUCGAUUCGAGCUCCGACGGGGAGCUGCUCUACCCCAAGCAGGGCGGCGGCGGCGGCGGCGGCGGCGGAAAUGGCACAGGCGGACGGACUGCGGCUGCGGCAUCGUCCUCCGGCGUCGGCGCCCGCGAGGAGAGACCCAUGGUCCCACCGCGCGUCGAGAAGCUCCCCGCAGGGGCUGAGAAGGCAAGGGCAAAAGGCAAUGCCGGAAUGAAGGAGCUUUCAGAUCUCAGGGAUGCCAAUGGUAAUGUCCUCUCUGCGCAGACGUUCACCUUCCGUCAGCUUACCGCUGCCACGAGGAACUUCAGGGAGGAAUGCUUCAUUGGGGAGGGAGGGUUUGGACGUGUUUACAAGGGCCGUCUUGAUGGAGGCCAGGUUGUUGCUAUAAAGCAGCUCAAUAGGGAUGGAAAUCAAGGAAACAAAGAAUUUCUGGUGGAGGUCCUCAUGCUCAGUUUGCUGCAUCAUCAAAACCUUGUUAAUUUGGUUGGUUAUUGCGCUGAUGGAGAACAACGCCUUCUGGUGUAUGAGUAUAUGCCCCUUGGAUCAUUGGAAGACCAUCUCCAUGAUCUCCCUCCUGAUAAGGAACCGUUGGACUGGAACACUAGGAUGAAAAUCGCAGCUGGUGCUGCUAAAGGGCUGGAGUACCUCCAUGACAAGGCACAACCACCAGUUAUAUAUAGAGAUUUCAAGUCAUCAAAUAUUCUAUUGGGUGACGAUUUCCAUCCAAAGCUGUCAGACUUUGGUCUCGCUAAAUUGGGUCCUGUUGGUGACAAGUCUCAUGUCUCUACACGUGUGAUGGGAACAUAUGGCUACUGUGCUCCAGAAUAUGCUAUGACAGGGCAACUUACAGUCAAGUCAGAUGUCUAUAGCUUUGGAGUGGUGUUGCUUGAGUUGAUUACUGGCCGGAAGGCUAUCGACAGCACCAGACCUCAUGGGGAGCAAAACCUCGUGUCAUGGGCGCGCCCUCUUUUCAAUGACAGGCGGAAGCUCCCAAAGAUGGCUGAUCCAGGGCUUCAGGGACGAUAUCCCAUGCGUGGGCUAUACCAAGCACUUGCUGUGGCGUCAAUGUGUAUUCAGUCAGAGGCUGCUUCGCGACCACUUAUCGCUGAUGUUGUGACUGCUCUUUCGUACCUGGCGUCCCAAAUUUAUGAUCCUAAUGCGAUCCAUGCCUCAAAAAAGGCAGGUGGCGAUCAGCGAAGUAGGGUUUCUGACAGUGGAAGGGCGCUCCUGAAGAAUGAUGAGGCAGGCAGCUCUGGACACAAGUCGGAUCGGGAUGAUUCCCCCAGGGAGCCUCCUCCAGGGAUCCUUAAUGACAGGGAGCGGAUGGUGGCUGAGGCGAAGAUGUGGGGUGCGAACCUGCGGGAGAAGACGCGUGCUGCUGCCAAUGCACAGGGGAGCCUCGAUUCUCCAACUGAAACCGGAUAAGCGGCAGUCAUCAACCUGUGGCAUCGUGUUUUCUCCGAGUCGACUCUGCUUGCUUUCGAUUGGCGGGGAAAGAUGAAUUGGGUGCUUUCUGGUGGUGUUAGAUGUGUACAUUUAUAGGGGCAAAACAAAAACAAAACAAAACAAGAGGAGAAUUGGGUGACUUUGUACUGGAUAUGGUCGUACCUGUAAAUUCUCGGAAAAUUUUGAGACGAUGGAGAACAAAUCUGAAUUGUGUC